AUGUCAGAAACGUUUAUUUCGGGUUCACCUAAGGCCUUGGCAGAAGAAAGAAUUCUCAAAAGAAAAAAUCAUCCUGAGAACACAACUGCAGGUUUAAUAAUUUCAAGUUUAUCAAUCUCUCUCAUGUUAAUAGUUUAUACUUUUAAAAGAUAUUUGGCUAUAAAGUUAAAUUCUUCAACUAUGUUAUAUGAUUCUCAAUGUUCAUUGGCUUGUAUUAAGAUUACCGCUGUACUUUUUUGUAGUAGUUUAAUUUAUAUGAUUUGGGUAAAUUUGUGGUGGACUGAUUCUGCUGCAGCUUUAAUAUUUAGUAUUUUUUUCGCUAAAGAAGGUGUUGAAAUGAUCAAACGGGCCAAUGAUGAAAAUUUUACUGGUGGAUAUAUUUGUUCUAUAGAUGUUGAUAGUGAAAGAAAAAGGUGUGAUAAUACUAAUGAAGGGUGUGAACCUGGUAUUAAUAAGGAAGAGGGUAGACAUUUAAGAGUUUCUAUAAAUGAUGAUGAACAGGUUGAAAAAUCCGCAAUUGUCGGUGCUUGGUGGAGAGAAAAUGGUACUGAUAUUGAAUUAGAAACCAUGGUAGGAAAUAAUAUCAAAAGUGGAACCGAGAGUUCAUACCCUAUCGCUAUCGCAGCUCAUUAA